AAACAUAAAAGCCCGGAUGUAAUAUUCAAUCAUCGUUUGUUUCAAUAUUUCGCGAUCAUAUCUUAAUUGUAAACAUCAUAGGACAAGCCAUUUUUUGAUUUUUGGAAAGUGCAGGUAGGCUCGCUAACAAGGUACAUACGUCAAUCGAGGUAGACUCGUUGCUUUCGAUAUUUCGAGACUAACGUACUGACCGGCCGCUCUGAUUGGCUCCCGUCGUUUCGAGAAUCGCAAGCGUUUCGAACUCAGUCAACGGUCCAGCAACGCGCCGCGUCGGCACGACGCUCGGACUCCGGCGAGUCGUUCCCCGUAUUCCCCGGUGAUUGUCAGCGGUCCGGCUGUCAUCGACAAUGCCGAGAGGUAACGUCGCGUUCGUGAGCGUGUUCGCAACGCGUGCAUCGCUCGAGAGCACCACUGGGAGCAAGGUGACCUCGAGGUCUCGCGGAGCAGCGGCCGCCGGUGUCGUCCACAGUAGUACGUCGAACCUCGCGACAACGAAGAUCGGUGCGUAAAUGUCGAAUGUGAGAGAAGAGAGCCUCUUUUAUGUUUCAUUGUUCGAUUUUUCGCUUGCUAGAAGUUUCGUUCGUGUCUCUGUCACUCUCUUUCACACAUUCGACUCACGCUCCGACUAGCAUUUAUGGCGGGGUACAGAAAUGCAUCAUGGUUGGCCGCUUCGGAAUGAAUUUGCCGCGUAUCGCGAUGUCAAUACGCCGAGAACGAGCAUUGCGAUCUGAUCGUCGUCAAGAGUGCCGUAAACGACGCCGCACGUUCGUCCAGAUCAUCAUUCCUAUGAAUCAUCGACACGCGUCGGACCACGCCAUUAAUCGCUGUUAAUCGCUACAGCCGGCUCUUAGCAGCAUAUUUCCUGCCGCGAUCGCAAUGUUUACGGAGCGGGUUCUUAAUGAGGUUACCUUAACACCAGUGGCGCUUUCGAACAGUCGCGAAUAGAUUUCGCGGGCACACGGCCGGUUGGAAGUGAAGGGUGCCGUUCGCAUUCGCGUAUAUGAAACGUCGCAAUUAUCCGUGCAUCCCGUAAUAUGUCACAACCUCUUUUCCGGUCGUCCGUAACGAUCGUCCGCAACGAUCGCCUACUCCGAGAGUGAAUUUUUCGAAUGCUAAGUGGAGUGCACGAUGCUGCAUAGCAUCAGCACGAAGUACGUAGCAAAAAGGCAAUGUAGAGUGCAAAUAAAACUUGAUGUGAUAUAUAGUGAAUGGUGCAUUUAUUGUGGUGCAAGUUACAAGUGUUGUGCCCGAUAUUGUGGAUACUUCGUUGGAUCUUUCCCUUGGAGUCCGCCGGCGAUGGAGCAAGUAGGAGAGGUAAACAAUUGGAGCGACGCCGAUGGCGUUGGAUGUGUCGACGCAGGAUCGUCGUGGGAUAAUGGACCGUCUGCAGACGCUCGUCGGAGAUCCUCGAGGAACAAGGAGAGCGCGGAGCGAUGGCGAACGGGCGGGGAGAUGGUCCAUAAAUCAGAGCCGCGGCGAGAAAAGGUCACGAAGGAAGUCGGAGAGAAUCGGCACGGAUUUAAUGAGAAUCGAUGGAGCAGACGGAGCGCGCGAUGAAGAGGUACGAGUUAUUGCGAUGCUAUGCCGAAUACGUUAACUGGAGGCUGAAGGGACUAAAAAGAGGGAUUGAAUCUCGUGGCGAGACUUUCGACAAUGAAGAACGUAGGGGAAAGAGACGUGGAAGACGCUCAAGGCCGUACUAGAGACGGAAAUAGAUUGCUCUUUUACAACUUUUUUCCGAUGCGUGUCUUCUCUUUGUUUGAAUAUUGCCCGCCGAGUAAAUGGGAUCGCGGAAUGUUUACGACGGAACAACUGGCGUGAGACUGAUCAAAUUCUUCAAUUCAAGUUUGUUUGUAUAUUUAAGUUAAAUAUAUAAAUGUUUAAAUUAAAGCGCAAAUAUUUCAUGUAUUUGAGUUAAAUACAAAGAAAAAUAUUUAAACUGAAGGAAUGUAAUCAAGUUGAAGAAUUUUGUCGAUUUAACAACUUUGUUUCUUAGCGUACAUACAAUUCAGCGAACGACGUCACGGAUUAAAAGUCAUCACUACUUUUACCGGCAUUCGCGUUACGUGUGCGUUUAUACUGCAAUUAUGGCAAUCUUCAAAAAUAAUUCUCAAUCCUCUGAGUUAUAAUUUUAUUGUAUCGGAUGUCUCCGUCAUUCGGAUUUAAUUGCUAGCCCGCGCAUGAAAGUGAAAGAUUAUUGCCAUUGUUACAGUGGGACUCGCGAUGAAUUGCCAGUUUCAAGACGUCUUUAUGGGCCCAUCAAUGCUAAUAGCACUGCAAUUGAAUAGAAAAGUAUCCCCUCUAUUACGAAAUUUCCGUUUUUAAUAAACAUUUUAAAAUGCAACUCUUCAUGGCCAAUUUCCUCUUAAAUCGCGCUAAAGCGAGCUACAGAAUGUGUAGAAUCUUUCGUUUUAAUAUUUAAAAUUACAAUACAGUCCAAUAUUAUACAUUGGAAUAUAAAAUAUAUUCAACGCAUUUUUUUAUACAAUAAAAAAAUCUUCUUUCAUGACAAUUAAGUUAGUAAGUGUAAUUAAACAUAAAUAAACGCGACGGUCAUUCACAAUUAUUCGUCUGGAGGUUUCUCCUGCGAAACUCGCGUCGUGCAAGAGACCCCGUUGCAGACGGGGUCUCCAGUGGAAUUCGCAACGAAUGCCGGAAACGUUUGAUUAACAGUUUACUCAUUAUCGACCCGAUUAUGAGAUAAGUAUCGACGACAAGAGAGGUCGCCUACUUGCCCAGCAAUCUGGAAUAAUGAUCGUCCCCCGGGAGGACGCGCGACGGCGUACGAAUUAUCGUAUGCACGACGACGAUGGGAACGUGUGACUCCGUGAGCCGACUUAUUACAAAACGCGCUGUUACGUCCGUAUAUUCGCAGAAUUAUAGGUGAGUUCGCGCGCGACUCUCCGCUGCAUUGCGCUCGCACACGUCUAGCUUUCACUCGGACACAUUCGAAGACAGUGGCUGGGAAAAUUCUCGUGCGAUGCCCCUGACCGGAGUCCCUCUGGCUUAUCAUUAGUCUUCGCGAUACCCUCUUUCGUCGCGGCAAAAUCUUUAUAUAACGCUGGACUUGAGAGAGAAAAUGGGAAAAUAACAAAUGGACAGAGAGCAGAAUUUUGAUAGGCAGGACACGACGUGCUUUUGAUUUAUUUGCGUGAAACACGAGAGUUUUGAGUCUCUGAUGAUUUAUAGUCCAUCAGGAGAUGCCUGGAUUAACUACCUGGUAGGUAAUUUUACGGCUCGCGUCUAUUUUGACGACUGUUAGAGUUCAACAGCACUCCUUCCCACAUCCGCACGAAAAAAAACCUCCUCGGCAGUGGCACUCAUUAGUCUCAGAAUAUUAGUUAUGAUGAGUUCACGGUUGCCAGCUUUCGCAUCUCUCUGCUGCAUCGGAAAGUUACUUUUAUGUGUACGUAUAUGUACAUAUAUGUAUAUAUGUUUAUCUGAACGCGCGAGGUCACGCGGCAAUUAGGUACACCGGCCAUCGGUUAUGGCAAUUGAUCUUGAUGGCCAUGGAGAAUCCGCGAGCGCUCAUAAAAAUUAAGGAAUCUGGUGACUCAUGCCGUUUUUACCUUCGUUUCUUGUCCGGGGUGCCUGAACCACCGUCUCUCGCGCGAGAGAGCCGACUUAUUUGGCGAACGUGGAGAACGAUUCGAUUCAAUCGUCCGAUCUUGAUCGACCGAUUCGUGGCAGUCGCCUCUUUAUUGGCCAUAAAGCGACGAUAAUUUUAACACUCUCUGUUCUGUAUUCCGAUAACCGAAUAAUGGGUCAGCAAUUCUCAAGCAAAGAGUUGUAUGAAUUUUUCAUGGGCGACUGCAUAUUGCAUUUUACGUUCUCGUACUUGAAUAAUGAAGAGUUUUGGCGUGGAGAAGAGCGUGGAAAAAUGAAAAUUCACAGCAAAUUCAGAACAAAAUUGAUCAAAUUAACAUUAUUUAUGAAUUCGUAUUUGCAUAAUAUGAUUAUACUCAACUGUCUUAACUUUUUAAUUAUUUCCUUAAGGUUCAAAGGGCACAGAACGAUAAAAAAAGUUCCGAAAGCAUAGCAGAGUCAUCGCAGAAGUGUCAUGGGGCAUAAUUAUGGCGAUGCAAAUUAAAUGUCAACGUAACGUUAUAUAUCACGACUUCCUUGACAGUCGUGGUGUAGUUGGCAUUUAAAGAGUCUUCCCCUCAUUAUCACGCCGGCCGCUCGUUAUUGCGAAAACAAAGAAAGUAGUACGAGCCGCGAAGAAGGAGAGCCGCGUUUCGAUCCUCGAGAUAGGAAAGUGAAAUAAGCGAGGCAGCCCUUAGGCACACACUAUAUAUCUCACCCCAUAAUCGAGAACAAGUUGCUUGUUGACGUUUUGACCCAA